AUGGCUUGGGAGGAACCUCGUAAAACUGGUAUGCAGUACCGCCGCCUGGGCAACUCAGGCUUGCAUGUAUCUGCACUCGGUUUGGGCGGUUGGCUCACCUUCGGAGGCCAUGUCGAGAAUGAACUCACAUUUUCCAUCAUGAAGACAGCAUAUGACAACGGUAUCACAUUUUUUGAUACUGCCGAGUCAUACGCUGGUGGCCAGUCCGAGAUCAUUAUGGGCCAGGCUAUCAAGAAGUUCGCAUGGAAUCGCAACGACAUCGUGAUAUCCACGAAACUCAACUGGGGCGGCGCAAAUGGCGAGGUGCUUGUCAACAACCAUGGUCUCUCACGCAAACACAUCAUCGAAGGACUCCGUGCAUCGCUCAAGCGCAUGGAUUUGGAGUAUGUCGAUAUAGUGUAUGCGCAUCGUCCUGAUCGUCUUACACCCAUGGAAGAAACAGUCCGCGCAUUCAACCAUGUCAUUGAGCAAAAAGGGUGGGCGCUGUACUGGGGCACGUCUGAAUGGUCCGCAGAUGAGAUCGCCGAGGCAUGCGGAAUUGCGAAGCAGUUGGGUCUCAUUGCACCGAUAGUGGAGCAACCGCAGUAUAAUCUGCUCGAAAGGAAGAAGGUUGAGGGUGAAUUCCAGCGCCUUUAUGCACGAUUUGGACUUGGCUUGACUACAUUCUCGCCAUUGAAGUUUGGGCUGCUGAGUGGGAAGUACAACGAUAGUCCAGAUGCACCGCCAGCAGGUUCAAGAUUCGCCGAAGGAAAAGAUGGCUUCCCAAUUGCGGAUAAGUUGGGCAUUAAUCAAUCGCAGCUGGCGCUUGCGUGGUGCUUGAAGAACCCGCAUGUUUCAGCAGUGAUUACUGGGGCUUCGAGACCGGAGCAGGUGGUGGACAACUGUGCAGCUCUGAAAGUUUUGGACAAGCUUACGCCAGACGUCAUGACAGAGAUCGAUGGUAUUGUAGGAGGUAUCCAGCUAGACCCUGCACGACAGGAUUAG